UGGAGUUGUUAUAUUUUUUCGAAAUCGCAGUCAUUACAGGUGCGAUAUUUUACAUGGUUGAGUUUUGCAUUUUGCAUUAAAAACAGUAAACAUGUUUUUUUAAUGAAAUUUGCAGACACUUCUUAAUUGCAAUAAGAAUUUUGUAUGUCGACAGUGAAAGUACACGAUGCUGACAUUAUACUUCUCGAGUCGAAUGUAUCAGACGAUUUGACGACAACAGUAAUAAUGAAGAAUCAUUCAACAGCAAAACAGACUAACUUGUCUGUUCUCAGCACUUUUAAAUAUGAACAUUUAUUAGCGGGUAUAUCUGGAGGGACUAUCUCAACAUUAAUUUUACAUCCUUUAGAUUUAAUGAAAAUAAGAUUUGCAGUUAAUGAUGGAAGAACAUCAAUACCUCAAUAUAGCAGCUUAACUAGUGCAUUUUAUACAAUAAUUAGACAAGAAGGUAUUAGAGGGCUAUACCGAGGAGUUGCACCCAAUGUUUGGGGCUCUGGAAGUGCCUGGGGAUUCUAUUUUUUGUUUUAUAAUUCAAUAAAAAAUUGGAUUCAACAGGGAGAUACUCAAUACCAUUUAGGACCAAGUUUGCAUAUGCUUGCUGCUGCUGAAGCUGGAAUUUUGACAUUGAUUGUUACAAAUCCAAUAUGGGUAGUGAAAACAAGGCUGUGUUUACAAUAUGGAAAUGAAGAUGUUUACCUGUCAAGGGGUGGACAAUUCUAUCAUGGCAUGUCAGAUGCAUUAGUGAAAAUUUACCGAUCAGAAGGAAUCAAGGGGCUUUAUAGGGGUUUUGUUCCUGGCAUGUUUGGAGUAACACAUGGUGCAUUGCAGUUCAUGACAUAUGAAGAAAUGAAAGCAUUUUAUAACAGAUACAGGAAGUUACCACAUGACAACAAAUUGACCACUGGUGAAUACAUUGGCUUCGCAGCGAUUAGUAAACUAAUAGCAGCAGCUGCUACUUAUCCAUAUCAAGUUAUUAGGGCCAGAUUGCAAGAUCAGCACCAUUCUUAUAAUGGAACAUGGGAUUGUAUUAAAAAAACAUGGAAGUAUGAAAAAAUGGGUGGUUUCUACAAAGGACUAGCUCCGUAUUUACUUCAUGUUACACCCAAUAUAUGUCUAGUCAUGUUAAUUUAUGAAAAAUUUAGUAACAAUAAUUAAUUUUAACUUUUAUUUUUAUGUGUCACUGAUACAAAAUAAUGUUUUUUGGGGUAGUUCCGUUUGAUUACUUACUUUUUCUAAACUUAGUCCUUAACAAUUAACCAGAUAGAAUAGUUCCAUCAAGAUUUAAUUAUUAAUAGUUUCUAAUCAGACAGAUCUACUGUAGAUCUCACUGAAAAUAUUAAAUGUCAUAAUAUUUCAUGUCAGUAAAAUAUUCUCGGUGAAAUUCCAUCACUUUGUUUUACAUAUUUCACAGACUAGAUUGUUGAGUUACGUAUCGAUUUUGUUGCUUUGUCCUCAUUGGAAAUGUUGAGAAAAAUUGUUUGACACUACCCCAAAGCUAAUAAUGAUGUUUUUAGAGUAGAUUGUGUUUUUACUUCAUAAUUAUAUGGAGUUACAAAAAUUGUUUUAUGCAUUUUUUAUUCCUUCACCUGAUUUUUGUAUAUUUUCAGACCACUUGUAGAUGUUUGCAUUUAGUAUUUUCCUCAUAUUCCAUUUUUCAAUUAUCAUAUUUUAUCAUCUUUAGAGUUGAAAAGAACGACUUGAAUGAGUAAAUUUUAAAUGUUUUAAUGUCUGAUAUUUCUUGAUUUCAUUUAGAGAGAAGCUAUGGACACCUUUUUAUCUAAGCUCAGUAAGAUAAUCGCCAUGUUAGAAGAUAUAUUCAAUAUUUUAUUACUAUCAACCAAAUGUGGUAUACUAGACUCAAUAGUAAGAAACAUUAUUCUGUGUCAGACGAUAUAGUUCCAAUUUAACUAAUUAGAAGGUUUUGGAACAAGUUAUCAACUUACUGAAACAAAAUUGUGAAAAUAUUCGUGGAUAAAAAGUUAUAUUGUGAUCUGAUAAUUUAUAUUUGAUAACUUCAUUAAAAAAAGGGUCAUUUAUAAGAAUAAUUACUGUUUAGAAAUUUUACCUCUUCACGUUUAUAACAUAUUUUAAACUUAUUUUAAUUAUCUAACCCAAAUUUUAAAUUUCAAUUGGUAAAUUUAUUCAACAAAGUUGGUCUUAUCAUAAACCUAAAAAAAUCUGACAAAACUAAAGAGAUUACAAUAUAAGAUAUAUUUCGAUUAAAAACAAUAAUACUGAUUACAAGGCAGUGAAAUAUCAACACUGAUUGUAGUAAAUAGAUAAUUGAGAAUUAUUUUGAUUUUACUGAAAUUAGAAUAAAUUCUAUGUGCUGGUAACUUGAACCAAAGCACUUAGUUUAAUUGCUCAGAAUCAAAAAUUUAACAGAUGAUUUAAUAUAUUUUUCUAUGGGUCUUAAAAUUCAUGUCUAGAUCUUAUAGAAAUCAAAAAUUAUCUCAGUAAUAGACAAUUGGCAAUAUUUGGUUUUGAGAGUAACGUGAAUGUGAAUUGAAGUCAGUGUACUAAUGACUUUUGUAAGUUUCUACUGUUGCUGAACUUGCAGUUAGUCCAUUCAUAAUAUUUAAUACUGUGAUAAUAGUUUGUAACAAGUAUGCGGUAAACAUAUCCUUCUUCAAAACCAACUCAAAGAAGAUAACAUAUUAAUGCUGUAAAUAUUGUACGAAAUUGAAAGUUCUGGAACCUUCGGCGAUAUUCUGUACUAAACACACUUUAUAUUUCCACUAUACUAACACAUGGAUGAAAAUGACAAAGUGGUUAUUGAAGUAUUGGUAUAGUUGGAAAGUGAAGUGUAUUUGCUAUAAAACUUUGUAGUCUAAUAUUUAACUGAAAUGUACAAUAUGUAUUCUGCAAAUAAAUGAAUAGAAAUAAAAAUUUAAAAAAAUUGCUUUUGUUUAUGUAGCAAUUCACCCUUAGUGAUUUUUCAAAUUACAAACAAAUCGCGAUUAACCAGAAUUUUAUCUUGUUUAGAUAACUAUAGGUGAUUUCACUAUGAACUAUCAUCUAAAUCAUCUGUAUAAGUUUUGGAUUUAAAUAUUUUUCAUAAUUAUUUAAAUUCAGUGUAAAUUUCCAAAUAACAACUAUUUUCUUAUCAACUUCAGCUAAGUUGUAAUUUCUGGAACUUCAGUGACAUUCAUACUAAACUUACUGUUUACUACCACUACACGAAUACACACAAUAAUUACUAUCCAACGCACAUUUUCAUAACCAAGUUAUAGUUUUCCGUUUACUUUGAGGUUCUGAAGACAUUAAGUUGGAUAUCGAAAUGCUCGUCGGAUUGCGUGAUUGUUGAUGUGGUAGUGAACAGUAUUUUAAUUGACUUAUUAGCUGUAUGUAAUACGACUUCCAUAAGACUUGAUUAUUUCUGUGUGUAAUAAUAGUGUUUAAACAAACAAUUGUUUACAGUUUUUUAAACCCGAAUGUUGUUGAAGUACGUACAUCACGUUUGUGGAAGAUCAAGAUUGAUAAAAACAGUAUUUCAAGACAUAUAAAAAAUAUUUCGAAUAUUGUAUUUGCGAUCUGCUGUAGAACUAUCCUCUUACUUUUGCAUACAAAAAUGAAGAUAAUGCAAUAUUUAAAGGAACGAGAAUUUGUCUUUUGUAAAAUUUUUAUACUGGUCCAAAACAAAUAAUUUUUUUGACGGCCCAAUUAUCAAUUAGUCCUUGUAGCUCUGCCGCUUAAUUUGGUAGAUCCUUUGUUUCCUAUGUUAAACGGUUUUUUCUUAAACAAUAGCAGGUAAACAACAUUCACUGAACAUGUUUAUGGCAAAUUGGUUCUUUUACUUAGAGUGAAUUAUUUUCCUAAUACAUUUUUUAUACAAGUUCAUAGUUACUGUAGUUUCUGCUUUUAUUAUGAUAUUUAAAAAUAUAACCUUGAAAUGAUGUAUCUGAAUUGAAGAUGACAAAAAUUAUAUUUUGGUUGAUGUUAUAAUGAACCAAAUGAAAGCAGUUUACAUCAAAGAAUCAGUAGAGAUAACACACAUUUCCAUUUUUUGCUCAAUUAUUAAUUAUUCUAUUCUCGCAUCUAUGAAAAUUCAAAUUCUUUUCUGAAAAAAAUAUCUUAAUUGGAAAAAUAAAUAGUUAACAUUCACUUUGUUGAGUGUCAUAUUUUAACUAAAGAGUUAAUGUUGUAGUUAGUUCCUAUUGCAUUACGUACUUGCGUUUGUAUUAGGAUUGUUAUAACUUAUUUCCUGUCAACUGUUAUUUUGAAAUCCAGGGUCUCAAAAUGGUGACACAAUCGUAAUAAUUCAGUGAGUUACUUCACAUUGAGAGCGUCUUUAGUUUAAUCUCAUUAAUUUCGAUAGUUUCAUGUAUGAGUCAUAAUUUCUGCAAUAAUGUAUUAGUUUUGUAGAUUAUAUAGAUUAUACGAAGCCCUGCUUUAAAAUAUGUUGACAGGAUGCAACGUCUAUUAAGGUGUGUUUAAAAAUAUAAUAAGAACGUAAAUGUAUGAAUUGUAUACACCUUAUAGAAUAAAUGAUCAAAAGUUGCGA